GUAAAAACAGAAGUAAAAUCUUACUGUACAUUUUGUAGAUAUCUGUACUACUUACUGUACUUGUAUUUACCAUUUGUAUUAUUUACUAAACAGUGUACUGAGUGCACUUUCACAUUUCUCGCUACUACAGUAACCACUUAAUGGGUAAAAAUAAGUUUGUAACCCAGAAUUAGGUGUCAGUGAAUUAGUGGAUUUGCUGAAUUUAGUGGAAUAACUGAGGUACGAGUGCUGUAAUACAUUAGAAGAAAGCAGUACUGUUUGUCUAUUUUUGCACAUUUCUAACACUGCUUCAAAUCCUUAAUCAGCUACUGAACCAAAAAAUAGUAGAUGCGAGAUAUUUUACAUGAUCAUUUAAUUUAUUUAAAGAAAAAAACAUUAUCAGACACCAACUGGCCCAGUGUAAAAAAUGUAAUGGUGUCUAAUAGACUAAAUGCAGCUCAGUAGCAUCUACACUUUACUAAAUAGAAUCUUUAAUACGUCACUAAUCUGCAGAUCAAAGAAAGUUCUUUAUAUAUUUGUAAAUAUUAACCAUUAAUUUAUUAGGCUUUUAUUGAGAUUCUUAAACAGAGAAAACUAGUUUUAACAAUACUAAACCUUCUUGGAAGUGACCACCACCUACUAAUAUUCUUUCAGUUACUCAUCAAACCUCAGCAAGUCACUACAAACAUCUUUAAGGAUCUUCAAGCCUGACUUGUUUCAGAUAACGUCAGAAUUCCUGAUUCCUCUAACAGAAAGUUUUGAGGAAGUGAAGAGAGUCCAGAAGCUCUAAUAUUGAUCCAUCAUCUUCAACAGGAAGCUGAUUUCACAAUAUCAGUAGAGAUUUCCACUCCAGUAAAAGAUCCAGAGAUCAGAUCUGCUGAGAUGAACCAGGAGAAACGGAGGAUCAUGCUGAUGGGGAGGACUGGUGCUGGGAAGAGUGCAACAGGAAACACCAUCCUGGAUAAAAAUGCUUUCAGAUCAGAACGAUCUUUUAGCUCUGUAACAAAAUACACUCAACAUGAAGAAGCUGUGAUAGGAGGAAAACGUGUACGUGUGGUUGAUACACCAGGAUUUUUUGACACAACUCUGCCACAAGAUCAGUUAGCAAAGGAGUUUGCCAAGAGUGUUUAUGAGUCAAAACCAGGAGUUCAUGCUUUCAUUCUGGUUUUUAAGGUUGAUACAUUUACAGAACAGGAAGAGGAAAUAAUUAAGAGGUUACAGAAGGUUUUUGGUAAGAAGGUUUUAGAUCACACAAUUCUUCUGUUUACUCAUGGUGAGGGGGUAAAAAGGGAAGAAAUAGAAAAAAGUGAAAAUGAACGUCUCAGAAGAGUGUUAGAUCAGUGUGGAGGAAGAUUUCACAUCUUUAAUAAUGCAGAACCACAGAACAGACAGCAGGUCACUGAACUUCUGCAGAAGAUAGACAGGAUGGUGCAGUGGAAUGUAGGAAAUCAAAUCUUUACCAAAGCAGAACCACAGAACAGACAGCAGGACACUGAACUUCUGCAGAAGAUAGACAGGAUGGUGCAGCAGAAUGGAGGAGGAUGCUACACUAAUGAGAUGUAUAAGGAAGCAAAUCGUUCAUGCUUUGAAAUUUUCUGGCAAAAAUUUAAAGACGUGUUUAUAAUGGCAGUUCGUAUAUUGGCUUGGAAGUUGACGCUGUUAGAGAGACUGGCUCAAACACUGUUGUCAUGGGUUUUGCAGGGAGAGGAGAGGGCGCAUUUGUUGUAGUUGCUGGUGGUGGAGGAAUCAGAGGUUCUGUUUAGGAAGCAGAACCCUGCAGAAUCUUUUAAUGAUGAGAGUUUAAAAUCACAAGGAGACACAGAGAGAGAUGGUUUUAUGAUGUAAUCAUUUCUAUGUUGCUAUAACAGUCUCUAUCUUUAUAUUAGAAUGAUUUCGAUGAUUGUUUCUGUUUAAAUGUUCUGCUCUUGACAUAUGAGCUUCCUGUUUCUUAUUUUCUGUAUUCUCACUGUUAAAUAUUUCACACGGUCUACACACAAUUAUAUCAAACUAUGAAAUAUUUACUAUAAAUCCUAUAUAUAUAUAUAUUCAUGUAGAUUAUAGAAAGAACCUGCUGUGGAAAAUGGUAAUAAAUGAACUUAAUCUUUAUUCACUAAUUAGAAUUAAACUGCAUGAUCAUUCAAAUAAAAAAAAAAUGUAGAGAAUGUUCAGAACUUCAAGAGUCUUCAUCACAAAGAUGUUUAAAUAAAUAAAUAACUAUGUAAGUACAUUAUUGUGUUGUGUAGCUUAUACAUUUCAUUCAUGUAUUAAUGAUUUUAAGUUUAAUUGUAAUUAAAAUCUAUAAACAAUAAAAC